AUGUCGAACUGGUCUUCCAACUCUUCUUCCGCCUACUCAUACUCCAAGGGAAGCAGUUUCACGUCCAAGGGCCAUAGCAGCCAGAAGUCGGACAAGAGGUCAAGUUCCAGCGGAAGCAAAACCACAGCAAUCCUGAAAAAUGAUCCGUACGCGUCGUCGCUCAGCAACCGCGCCGGCAUCGACAGAUACGUGCAUGAGUCGGCCUUUGCCGGGCCUUGGAACCCUGUGGCGAAGUGA